AUGUCAAACCAAGAUACGAUAGAACCAGAUUUUAUUGAGCCAGACUCAGUAAGUUAUGGCGGAUUGGAUUCCACUGCGCCAGCACCUGCCACAUCAGCAACAACUGCUGGUGGAGAAUAUAAUCCAUUUGAGACGACAACCAAUCCUGUUAAAAGAGGCACAUUGGAUGAACCUGUAAUUAGUACAAUUAAGAGAGACAUAUUUGAAAUUAAUGCCAGACUUAGACAGGUGGUUUACCCACAUUUCCCAACAAGGACUCUGAUUAGUUCCACCGAACCUCCUAAUGGUUCCACAGAAGUGACCUCAGGGGAUAUAUCUGUACAUUGUGAUCUUUGGGCCCCAUUAUGUUUCAUUAUUCUUUAUGCUUUGUGUGUUUCUCACGCCAAAUCACUAUUUUCUAGUUUAUUCGUUUCAUGUUGGUUUAUUUUACUAGUCAUGGCACUACAUUUGAAAUUGACUAAACCAUUUGAUAACGUUUCUUUGAUAUCAUAUGUUUCAUUGGCCGGUUAUUGUCUGUUCCCACAAGUGAUCAACGCAGCUUUGUCCCAACUAUUGUUCCCUCUGGCUUUCAAGACAAUCAAGGGGGCAUGGGGCAUUAGAAUUCUUACGUUUCUCAAAAUUGUGUGUCUCGUCUUAUGUCUAAUGUGGUCCUUGGCAUCCAUUUCAUUAGUUACUAAGAGUAAAGGAUUUGUCCAAGUGUAUCCAUUGGGUCUCUGUCUGCUGGGACUGGGCUGGUUGUCCACGAUAUUGUAG